AGGCUUGUACGUAACUUCCGGUACCCAUUCCAAACACCACCCUCCCCCUUUCCGGCGGGCCUCCUAUAAAGCCAACAUCUCCGUGCUUCUAGUUCUUCUUGUUGAUGGUGAGACUUUGUGAAAGAAGGAUGAAGUUCCUUGUAGCCGUUACAGUUAUUGUGGGAUCACUUAUUUUUCUCGCCUUUCCAAACGGUUCAUCUGCCGACGAGAAGAAGAAAGGCCCCAAAGUAACGGCCAAGGUUUUCUUUGACAUCAAAAUCGGAGAUGAAGAUGUUGGACGCGUUGUCAUCGGUGUCUUUGGGAAAACGGUCCCCAAAACUGCUGACAACUUUGUUGCCCUGGCAACAGGAGAGAAAGGAUUUGGGUACAAAGGCAGCAAGUUCCACCGAGUCAUCAAGCAGUUCAUGAUCCAGGGUGGAGACUUCACCAGAGGAGAUGGUACAGGAGGUAAGAGCAUCUAUGGAGACCGUUUCCCUGAUGAGAACUUCAAGCUAAAGCACUAUGGUGCCGGCUGGCUCAGCAUGGCCAACGCUGGCAAGGACACCAAUGGCUCUCAGUUCUUCAUCACCACGGUGCAGACGCCCUGGCUGGAUGGAAAACAUGUGGUUUUUGGAAAGGUUCUGGAGGGCAUGGACGUAGUGGCGAAGAUCGAGAGCACAAAGACAGAUGGCCGCGACAAACCUCUUAAAGAUGUCGUCAUCCAUGACUGUGGCAAGAUUGAGGUGGAGAAGCCUUUUGCUGUUGCCAAGGAGUAGAGGCUGUCCGGAAACGUGGGGGUGGGCUGGGGGUGAAAGGCCACUUUUUCACUGAUUGCCCCGCAGUCUGGUAGGCCAUUGUAACACCAAAGGAGCGUCAUGAUGUGGAGCUGGGUCCAUCUACCUACGACCAUUCCAGGGAGCACCGACGGGGCAGUGCUACGGUGUUUUGUAAAAAAACAAAAAAAAAAACAUGAAAUUUGGAAUAAAUGUUUCAAGUUUUGUUA